UAAACUUUGACCUUUCUCGUAAUUGGGAUGGAAGUAUGCCACGAGUUGUGACCAGAGUCUUCCGUUUCAUCGUCAAAGACAGAGCUUGGAUGGACAUUUUCCGAUGACAAGGAUGGACGAUUUUAUCAUUUUUCUGAGGGAGAGGAACAUUCCAGAAACCACCAUACAAAGGCUGGAGGAGGACAAGAUUGAUGUCAGUGUCCUACUGCUAAUGACUGAUGACCAGAUGAGAAGCUAUUUUCCUUCAUAUGGAGACAGACUGGCAGUUUUGGGAUUUUGUAGGAGGAAAGAAACUGAGCCAACUUGCAGGAAGUCAAAGCUGUUUGAGCGCCUCAAAUCAAAACUUAGCAAAAGACAAAAAAUUGACAAUUCACAAACUGAAAACCAUGCAACUAGAACAAACAUCUCUCAGCGUACUGAAAGAAAAGUUGAGAUUGGGUGGAUGCACUAUGAUGGACAGGGCUUUGUUCAAAUGAGAGCAAAAAAAGGAGGGGGAACAAGGAAGUUGAGUGUGCCAAAAGACUGGAAAAGGAAAGAACUGAUUGAGGAGGCAAUUCGUUUGUUUUUCCCGGAUGAAAAAAAUUCUCAUGGAAGUGUUUCUGAGUUUGAAUUGGAUCUAACAAAUUAUCAGGAAGUGUCACUAGAUCAUGAAACUACAGUGGGGGAAAUGUAUAAUGCAUCCAAACUCACAAUGAUGAGGUUCUACCUCACAACAAGAAAGGUCGCGAGGGAAGUGGAAGCAGAAAGUGGAGUGGAAAUAUCAGAUUCAGACACAAUAGAGGACUUGCACAGAAAUAAUCAGGAUCAAAAUCUUCCCACUUCUUCCAGAAGAAUGAAUGACCUCUUUCAAGCUUCAGACACAGAUUUAAUUUUUGUGGAAAGUACAGACAACAACGACACAUCUCCCUUACAUUCCGCAGAGGAUGUAAAUUUGACAGAUGAUCUGAAUGUCGCUUUUCAAAGUUCAUCAAUGACCUCACUGGAUUAUUUUGAUUCAAGCGAUGUAGUGACAGUUUUCACUGGAGAAGUCACUGAAAUAAAUGAACAAUCCUUAGAUGACACUUUGCCUCUGAGCCCGGAACCCAUAGUUCCUGACAAAAAAAUUCUUGUUGUUCAUCGUGGACAGAUAUUUUCAGAACUUAUUGCACAUUUCUGUGAUGAAACCCUUGCACACACACAGAGUGCUGUAGAAGUGAAGUUGCUCCUCCCAAAUGGACAGUUUGAGAUGGGCCAUGACUUCGGUGGAGUGUUCAGAGAUUGCCUAUCAGAAUUUUGGCAGGAAUUUUAUGAUCAAUGCACACUGGGAAACAAUUUUAAAGUUCCCUUUCUUCGGCAUGAUUUUGGGAAAGAAAAGUGGGAAAGUGUUGCCCGAAUAAUUCUGUUUGGCUGGAAGAAAGAGAAGUAUCUUCCAAUAAAACUGGCACCUGUCAUCUUGGAGCAAGCAAUACAAGGAUCUGUCAAAAGUGAUCUGAUUGACAACUUUUUAAAGUAUGUCUCAGAAAAUGAGUGUGCUGUCUUAGAAAGUUGCAGAACAGACUUCUGUAGUGCAGACCAGGAGGAAUUGAUCGAGAUCUUGGACAACUACAGUUGUCGUAGAAUUCCAACAGAAGAAAACUUUGUGCAAGUUUUGCAAGAACUGGCUCACAAGACUCUCAUUCAAGAGCCUGCUUAUGUUCUUGAACAGUGGAUGAGCAUACUUGGACCUCUGAGGAAGGACCUUCAGGAAAUUGAAAAUGUGUAUUGUGCACUACAACCAACAGUGAGGAAAAUUGUGCGAUCUCUCAAAUUCCCUGAAGCAAUGAAUGCACACCAAAAGGACAUUUCAAAGCAUUUGACAGCUUACUUGCGGGAGUGUGAUGCCAAACGACUGUCUCUGUUUCUGAGAUUUUGUACAGGAUCAGAUUUGUUUAUAGAUAAAACUAUAACAGUUGAUUUCACAGACCUUAAAGGGUUUGAGAGAAGACCAGUGUCACACACCUGUGGCUGUUUCCUGAGGCUGUCAGUACACUAUGACAACUAUCCAGAUUUCCGAUCUGAAAUGAACAAAAUUCUUGAAAGCAAUGUCUGGGUAAUGGACAUAAUUUAGCUGCACUGGCACAUACAUUGGAAAAUGUCAGAAACUGUUUAUGGCCAGCUCAUAUCCUAUUUUGCAUGGGUCAGUCUUCAUACACUUAAAAUUUAUUAUACACGUGUAUGCAUGGAGUAAAACAUUCACUUUAAUUUGAAUGGUUAUUCACUUUAAAUUACAGGUUACACUUAGUUGUUGGAUGUCGAACAAACUUUUUUUCUGAAGAUUUAUUUUGAUUAUGACUUUCAAUAGUGAAAACGUAAUUAUUUAGUUGCAACCUACUGUUUGCGUUAAAUUUCACGGGUUGUUCAUGUCAACUCGUCAGUCAGAUGGCUUUGAACUGUUAAUUAGUUAAUGGUUCAUUCUUCAUACAUUUACUCGAAAAAUUAGAAUAUCAAAAGUUCAUUUAUUUCAGUAAUUCAACUU